AUGGCGAUAAGGAUAAUCGCCGCAAUUAUUCCUACAAUAAUUAACUACACAAUUAGGCCACUUGGACGCCAAGUGAGUUAUGUCAUUUUCUACAAAAGCAACCUUAAAGAUCUAAGGAGUACAUUGAAGAAUUUUGAUGCUGUCAAACAAAGGAUGAACCAUGCGGUUGAAGAAGUCGAAGGAAAAGUUAAUCAAAAAGUGGAAGCUGAUGUCCGGAACUGGCAGACAGAAGCGGAUGUGAUCUCUCGAGAGGCAGAAGCAUUAUUGGAUGAUGAAGGCUUUGCAAAGACAAAGUGUCUCUAUGUAUGUCCUAACCUGAUAUCCUAUCAUCAGCUCAGCAGAAAAUCAACUAAAUUGGUCAGAAAGAUUGAAGAACAUGAAAAUAAAAAAGAGUUUGCCAGUAUCUCUUACAAUGCUGCUGUGGAAGACAUAUCUGCCAUAGCCUCCGACGAGUACAUGGCCUUUGAAUCAAGGACUUCAAUGGUGAAGGAUAUCAUUACGCAAUUGAAAAAACCUGAUAUCAACAAGAUUGGUGUGUACGGAUUAGGGGGCGUUGGGAAGACAACACUUGCCAAAGAGGUUUACAGAGAAGCUAUGGAAGAGAAGUUAUUUGAUGAUGUGGUUAUAAUUCUAAACGUAAAAGAAAAAAAAGACAAUGAAACAAUUCAAAAAGCAAUUACCAAAAAGUUGAGGAUGGAUGUUGAUGAAUCUGUGGAUAUGGGAACAAGGGCGAAUCUCCUACGGGCCAGGAUAAAAGAGGGGAAGGCUCUUGUCAUUUUAGACGAUGUUUUGGAAAGAAUUGACUUUGAGGCCGUGGGACUCGUCGGUGUGCCGAACUGUAAGUUAUUGUUGACAUCUAGAGAUAGACAAGUUUUAUUCCAUGAUAUGCGUACACAAAAAAAUUUUGAAAUUGGAUUUUUAAAAGAAAACGAAAGUUGGAGUUUGUUUGAGAAGAUGGCGGGUAAUGUCGUUAAAGACAACCGUAUACUGAAAGAAGCAACCCAGCUAGCAAAGAAAUGUGGAGGUUUGCCGGUUUUGGUUGUUGCAGUUGCAAGUGCUUUAAGGGAAAGUAGUUUGGAGGAAUGGAAAGAUGCGUUGAGAAGUUUCAAAAGAUUUGACAAGAAAGAAAUGAAUGAAAAAGCAUUCUUGGCUCUAAAGUGGAGUUACGAACAAUUGGAGGAUCAAGAGCUUAAGCAGUUGUUCUUGCUUUGCGGGAGUUGCAGCAAUUAUCUAAGUGACUUGUUAAAGUAUUGUAUGGGUUUGGGUUUGAUAAAAAAUGUUGAGACAAUGGAAGAUGCACGGAAUUCAUUGAAUAGAAUGGUUAAAAAACUAAAAAAUUAUUGCCUAUUGCUGGACAGUUAUGAUGAUGACUCUAUUACAAUGCAUGAGCUUGUACGAGAUGUUGCUGUCCGGAUUGCAUCUGAUGAUCAAAGGUUCUUUUCAAGAGCAUAUGGAGAUGAGGUGAAAGAAUGGCCAAGUGAGGAUUUAUUUAAAAGUUACACUGCCAUCUCCUUGAGGUUUUGCAAGAUCCCCAGGCUUCCUGAAGUACCUUGGGAAUGCCCAGAAUUAAAAUUGUUGGUCUUUGUGAAUGAUGAUAUUGGCAACUCCCAGGAAAUCCCAAGCAAAUUUUUUGAAGGGAUGAAAGAACUCAAAGGGUUGGAUGUAACUGCAUUCAGUAUUGAGUCAUUACCUCCAUCUCUUCAAUCCCUAAAGCAUCUCCAGACAUUGUGUUUAGAUCAAUGUGAGUUGGAAGACAUAACUCUUGUUGGACGGCUAACAAACUUGAAAAUUCUUAGCCUGAUAUACUCCAAGGUUAAAGAGUUGCCCAAAGAAAUAGGGCAAUUGACUAAGCUACAAUUAUUGGAUUUGACAUGUUGCUCUGAACUUGUUCUGAUCUCACCUGAUGUUAUAUCAAGCUUGACAAGACUAGAAGAGUUGAGGAUGGGAAUAAAAAGCUUCAAGCAAUGGGAGGGUGAUGGUCCCACUAGUGGAGGAAGUAAUGCUACUGUUUCAGAGCUGAAGCACUUGGUUGAACUAACUGCAUUAGACAUACAUGUUCCAGAUGCUAACCUUCUUCCAGCCAACUUGUUCUCCGAUAAGUUAGAAAGAUACACCAUACUUAUCGGUGAUUGUUGGGCAUAUCCUGACAUCCAUCCAACCUCCUCUAACAUGCUAAAACUCAAGCUUACAAGGAGAAAUCAGUUCGACCGAGGUAUAAAGUUGUUGGUAAAGAAAUGUGAGCAAUUGUACUUGGAUGGGAUGAAGAUUGUGAAUAUUAUUUCCUAUCUAUUUGACAGUGAAGCUGUUAAUCAACUGAAGCAUUUCCAUGUCCAAAACAACGACAAAGUUAAAUAUGUCAUUAACUCCGUCAGUUGGAGUUAUUCUCAUAAUGCCUUCUCCAACCUGGAAUCUCUAGCUCUUGAAGACCUUGUGAGUCUGGAAAGUGUAUGUUAUGGGCAACUCAUAGGCGAGCCUUUCCCAAAGUUAAAAUCUUUGAGACUCCGGAAUCUACCAAAGCUUAUUGGUUUCUCUUCCAAAGGCAAGCAAUUAACGAUUGCUACAGAAGCCGACGAAAUCGUUACGGUGGAUGAAGUUGGUGGACCAUCGAGACUGUUCAAUAACGGGGAGGUUUUGAUGCCCAACUUAACAACCUUGACUGUGCAUCAAUGUGAUAGCUUAAGAUUCUUGUUUUCGAGUUCCAUGGUUAAAUGUCUCAGGCAACUCAAACAUAUCAAGAUAUCCAAAUGUCAAGCACUACAAAUGGUAUAUGAAACAUCAUCUACCACUCAGUUGAAUGAUUUUAGAUGCCCAAAUCUAAACUCAGUUGAGAUAGACUCGUGUGAUAGUUUGAAAAAUGUCUUUCCUGCCUCAGUGGCAAAAGAUCUUAAGCAGCUAAGCAAGUUGGAGGUUGAGAAUUGUAGUUUAAUGGAGGAAAUUGUUGCGAGGGAAGAAGGACCACAAAUGGCAUAUGAGGAGUUCGGAUUCCCUAAAGUAACAUCUAUCGAAUUUGAUAAUCUACCCCGACUUCGGAGUUUCUAUCCAGGACUGCAUGUUUCUAAUUGGCCAUCACUUAACCUUUUAAGGUUCACGAAAUGUGGUGGUGUGAAGAUUUUUGCUGCUGAGUUUUCAACAUAUCAAGACAAAUUUGAGUUGGGCCACCCAAGACCAAUGGAACAACCUUUCUUUUUAAUUGAGAAGGGUAAGUCAUUCCUUAACUUGGAACACUUGCUAUUGGACGAGAACACGGAGAUUUGGUAUGAACCGUAUGGUCCACUCCCGGCAGAGUUGUUGAGAAAACUAAAAGGAAUUGUUUUUGCUACUUCACAUCCCAAGUCAGAUGUUUUCUUUGAGAAUUUACAGAAUACUGAACUGCUCCAUGUGCUCUCAGCUCCUUGGAAAGAAUUACAUGAAGUUGAGACCCUCUCACGUGUAAAGGUUUUGUGGCUCAUCGAUAUGCCGGAGCUGAUACAUCUAGGAAUGGAAAACUCCCAACUAGGGGGCCCUUUUUUUCCAAACUUGGAAUUUCUACGCCUAGAAAAAUGUGGCAGAUUAGAGAAUCUAACUUCAUCAUUGAUAUCCUUUCGGAAUCUAACAAUUUUGCACAUACGGAGUUGUCACGAACUGCAAUACUUAAUACCUUAUUCUGUGGCUAAGAAUCUGCCGCAACUCCAUGUGUUGGAUGUUGGGUACUGUGAAAGAAUGGUAGAAAUAGUGGCAAGCAACGGAGUGGAUUCAGAAAUUGAGAUCACUUUCAGUUACUUGCAACAUCUUGAACUUUCUGAUCUACCAAGUCUGCAAGGGUUUUGCACGGGAAAUUGCAUUUUCAAAGUCCCAUCCUUAGAAACUUUGAUUGUCAAGAAUUGCCAGCUGAUCGAGUUAAAGAUUUCUCCUGAUGGGUUACUCCGAAGUGAUCCAAAACCAGAAAGACUACAAAUAGCAGAGGAAACUGAUGAUGUAUCGAUGCUAAGUGAUUGAAAGGAGAGUGAUCCUGAUCAAACUGAGCAGCUGAUGAUUGCAGAUUUAAAUGUUCCUUUUGCCUGGCGUGUUAAGGUUUUCCGAUUGUGUGCUAUUGCGUGUUUGUGUGUUAUUUUCCUCUUCCUUUUGCUUUUCCUUUUAAAGGAAGAAAUAUCAGCCUGGAGAGUAGACUGGAAGGCACUCUGAUCUAUUGCAAGCUUUCACCUCAAGGGAGAGCCUUGGUUGUGAUAUUUCUGUUGGCAAUGAGGUCAAUUUCAAGCCUUGGUU